UUUAUGUGUUUUCAUGCAGGCUGCUUUCCUGUUGCGUCUUUGAUACCGUUUCCUAGACUCUGCUUCAUGAUUUAAUUUGGAAUUCUGAAAUGAAGAUGGAGGAGACAGUGGGAAAAGUAGAAGAACUCAUUGAGUCUGCAGCCCCACCAAAAACCUCUGAACAAGAAACAGUCAAGGAGGAAGAUGGUUCUGUAGAACUGGAAUCUCAAGUUCCAAAGGAUGGUGUAGCUGACUCUACAGUUCUUUCUUCAAUGCCCUGUUUGUUGAUGGAACUGAGAAGGGACUCUUCAGAGUCUCAGUUAGCAUCCACAGAGAGUGACAAGCCCACAGCUGGCAGAGUUUAUGAGAGUGACUCCUCUAAUCAUUGCAUGCUUUCCCCUUCCUCUAGUGGUCACUUGGCUGAUUCAGAUACGUUGUCUUCUGUAGAAGAGAAUGAACCCUCUCAAGCAGAAACUACAGUAGAAGGAGAUACUUCAGGAGUGUCUGGUGCCACUGUUGGGCGCAAGUCUAGACGGUCCCGUUCUGAAAGUGAAACAUCUACUAUGGCUGCCAAGAAAAACCGGCAAUCCAGUGAUAAGCAGAAUGGCCGAGUCACCAAGGUUAAAGGUCAUCGGAGCCAAAAGCACAAGGAAAGGAUCAGACUACUGAGGCAGAAACGGGAGGCCGCUGCAAGGAAGAAGUACAACCUGCUGCAGGACAGUAGUACCAGUGAUAGUGACCUGACUUGUGACUCAAGCACGAGCUCGUCAGAUGAUGAUGAAGAGGUUUCAGGGAGCAGCAAGACAAUCACUGCAGAGAUACCAGAUGGACCUCCAGUUGUAGCUCAUUAUGAUAUGUCUGACACCAGCUCUGACCCAGAAGUGGUAAAUGUGGCCAAUUUAUUGGCGGGUCAUUUGGAUCCAGGAUUCCUAGCAAGUGACAAAACAUCUGUUGGCAAUGCACCACUUAAUGAAGAAAUUAAUAUUGCCUCUUCAGAUAGUGAAGUGGAGAUUGUGGGUGUUCAGGAGCAUGCAAGGUGUGUUCACCCCCGAGGAGGUGUGAUACAGAGUGUUUCUUCCUGGAAGCAUGGCUCUGGCACGCAGUAUGUUGGCUCCCGGCAAACACAGUCAUGGACUGCUGUGACUCCGCAGCAGACUUGGGCCUCACCAGCAGAAGUGGUUGACCUUACCUUGGAUGAGGAUAGCAGACGUAAAUACCUACUGUAAUGCAAUGUCACUGUUUCUCUGCACUGUUCCCUCCCACUUCCUCCUCUUUGUGACAUGGAAGUUCAUUGUCAUAGCUUCAGCUUCAGAAGCUGUUUGUGGCAUUUGUGGAAUUGAAAUUCAUGGUAACCUCCCCCCUCUUUUUAUUAAAAUAUUCACUUAGGAAAAUAACUUAUCACAGAGAAAAUAAUUUUUUUCUUUUCCUCAAUAAGAAUAUGAGAAUGGUGAAUUUUAUUAGGCAACUUCAUUUUAUUUGGUGACUUCUCUUAAAAGUCAUCUUCCAUUUAGAAUAAUAUUUUACUUACUAGUCAAAAUGGAUUUCAGGUUUUGAAUCUUAUAUUUAUUUUUCUGUAUAAUGAAAUUAAUAUCUAGAUGUGACCACCCUCUGUCUGCCUCAUUGUCACUCCUACCCUAGGGCAUUUGCACACAUAUCAGUCAGGUCCUUGCUGGCACCUGGUAGGGCAUGUGCAUUUAGAAAACCCUUCCUUAAAAGUGGAAGACAGAAGUAUUAUAAAAUAUAUUUUUUCUUUAGCUUAUGUCUUCUGCCUUCUUUCCUGACAUAGCUCCUUGUCAACUUGCCAUGACACAAAUAUUUGAGAUGCCCCCCUCUUUAUUCUCAUAUACUAUGAAGGGGAUUCAGUUGGUCUCCUUGUUGCAAUAAUUCAUACUUCUUUGAGAGUUUCUGAAGAGUGCAUUGAGAGGUCAGUGGGAAAUCUCUGUCUCUCAGCUUUUUCCCCUGGAACAUGGAAACCUGUUACCUGAAUAGGAAGAACUUAAGAGGCUGUAUGGCAACUAAGUCUGUAGGCACUUGCAAAUCUGAGAGAAAAGUGCCUUUUUUUUGCAGCUGGUUGCUCCAUAGAGGGUGUGUGACAACUGUUUAACUGGACCUCAUGCUGUGUUUGGGUAGUUUUCUUCACCUUCUAAAAAUACAUACACAAGAGAAAUGAAAAUAUACCAUAAGAAAUCAGAUGCAAAGCACAUUGAUAGUACUAUAAGUCUUAUAGUAUCUAAAAGGAUUAGUAAAGGAUAAUAGACACUUCAGGGAAUUUAGGAAAUGCCAGCAGAGGAAUUUUGUGGCAUUAGUUACUUACUACCUUUUUUCCUAUAAUGUUGUAGUUACUAGUGAAAUACUUUAAAAAAGCAAUACCUAGAAUUAGAACACUAUGUAUUGUGAACAGGGGGGAGUGAAGUAAUAUUGGCUCAGAAGACUUCACGUUUUGUUUUUGUUUGCAUUGUUACAUGCAGUGUUGCUGUGUCCUUUUGCUCCCUCCUUAUGUCUUGGUGGCUCUUCCUGAUUGUAGGAUGAGACCUACCAUUUUCAUGCAGUGCACACACUGACCAAGGACCCAUUCAUUCUAUAUAAAGUACUAUGCAGGGUGGAUGCUGUGGAGGCCCUGAAAUGAGACACAGCCUGCAUGCUCAUGCAUGAGUCUGCCUGGCAUUUUCUUUUUUUUCUUCCACAAAGACAAGUUUAUUCGUUUAUUCUCCUUGGUACUUCAGUUUUUUGAUAGAUCCCUUUGGUAGGUAUAUAUGUGAGCAUGUGUUCUUUGAUCUUUUCUGUAGUAUUCAUUUGAUCUGCCCUCUGUUCACCAACUUUACAGUUUUUUUCUUUAGUCUACAACUAAUUAGACUUUAAAAAUCAUGACUCUCCAGUUUCAGAACAUCAUUUAUCGCUCUCACCUGGCCACAAUCCUAGACAGAAACCAAAGACCCAGAGGCCAGAGCGAAACAGGACUUUGAAAUUUCAUUGCUGGUGUAUCUUUGGACCUUCACAUCUUAUUUUAGAUUAAUUUAUUGAGUUUUACUGUUACACAUUUUUUUUCUUUUUACUUGAAUUAAAAUACUCAACAGAGGAGAAACAUAAUUUCUGGUCUUUGUUUUCCAGAAAAUCAUUGGUAAGAGAAUAUAGUAGAGUGUAUGACUUGAAGUUUUUGCAGCUUAUAUCUCCCCCAGUAUCAGGGCAUAGCCCCAUUUUAAAGAAUGUUUCUUGCAUUACUUCUUUUCAUGUUAAUAACAUUUUGUUCAAGUCCAUACAGCAGGUGAUUUUUUCCCCUGAUAUUUUCUUUAGUCCCUAUUAGCCAUCCCCUAACUUUUUGGGUGCACUGUGGAUUUGCGACAGAAUGGAGUUGCAAGCAAGCUCUUUUCUGGCCUUUUGCCUUUAUCUUAGGUUGCACAGAUACUUACUUUGGAUACAGGUCUCUGUCUACUUGACUUGGUGCGUCAAAACAGAGAUUCAGGCAUUAAUAUGCAACCAGUGAAGGGAAGCUUAAAGCAGUCGGCUCUCUCUAGGAAGUAUGGGACUUUCCCAUCUAAUAAUUAAUUAAGAGGGCGUUUGGACUCCUCCAUUAUUGCUACAUCCAGGAAAGUGGAAGUGUAGUUUCUGGCAAGGUGUUAGUCAAAUAUUCUGUGACAUAUAACUCUCCUAAUAUUUGAAAUUCUCUUUAAAGUAUUGUUUUCUAAUUAAAGUUUUACAUCUGGUAACCUAA